AUGGGCCGCCGCAGCAGCAGCAGCAGCAGCAGCAGCAGCUGCUGCUACAGCAACCCGCUGCUGUCUGACUCGGACGACGGCGAGCCUCAGCCGCAGGACUGCGGCAGCAAGUCCCAACAGGAACAGCAGCAGCAGCAGCAGCAGCAGCAGCAGCAGCAGCAGCAGCAGCAGCAGCAAAAUGGAGGCCCCCUCAAAAAGAGCCGCCUGGACGCUGCAGGCAGCUCGAGGGGCCUGUGGGCCUCCAGGGGCCCCCCUGCUGCCAGCAGCACGCAGCAGGCAGCUGCUGCUCCCGGUAGCAGCAGCAACACUGCAGCAGCAGCAGCAGCAGCAGCAGCAGCAGAACCGGCAGCAGCAGCAGCAGCAGCAGCAGCAGCAGCAGCGCCGAGGGGCUUCACAGGCAAAGCUGUGCCUGAUGGGGCGCUGGUGGUGCUGAGGGAUUUCGCUGGGAAGAAAAGCCUCGCAAGGGCCCAGAGGGACCCGGAACACGAGGGGGCCCCCUCUCAGUUUUGCUUCGACCUCGCGCUGCUGCCGGGGGCCCCCUACGGCAGCAGCUUCAGCUGGGGCGGAAAUGCGUGGCUGCGGACGCAGCGGGAAGCAGCAAUUCCCAAGGGUUUGCUGCUGGCU